AUGGCAGUAGUUUGUAGAACGAAGUCUAUGUUAUAUUACAGAAAAAACAUCAUUGAAGGUCUUGUUCGACAUCGUACGUUUUACAACUGUAAACCAAUUCGUUUCUACUGCACUACACAUGAUAGGGAUCCACUACGUGUUGUGGGAGUUCAAGUAGAUACUACAUUGCAAAAUAAAUUCAAAAACAAGAUUCCGAUGUUACAUUGGCAACAAAAUCUUCACGAAACAUAUGAGAAACAAGGUACUUGCUAUGUGUAUGAUGUGAGCUCGAUCUAUAUGGGCUGCAUAAAAGAAAAGAAUCGUGACAAGCGACGUUUCCUAGCCUGAGCAACUCGCUGGAGCGCUCUGCCGAAAUGAUUUAGAGUGGGUGUGGAUACUCACCAGGCAGCCGUGGUAGAAUUGCGAAGAAGCGUGAGUGGAUAGUGUGUCUGCUACCCGAAACUGGAUAAGCC